CUGUGUGUCAGGGUCUCCCCACAUUAUUAACGAUGACAAUCCUUGCUUUUGAUCCAGAGCCUUGAGCGAUGUCUAACCGCAGUUUACGGGUGUGCGGAGCUGGAUGAGGGGCUGUUUGGGGUGAGGUGAGGAGGGGAAUCUGGGGCCGAGGUGAUGAAGUGCCUCCUCAUCGCCAGCGAGAGUGCUGAGGUCCUGUUUUACUGGACGGAUCCGGACUUUGACGUCAGCCUGCAGCAGAGGUUUGCCAAAUCAGCAGUAAAACAUGGAGAGGUGCCAGCUACUGAGGACAGCAUCAACACACUCUUUGCUCCACUUCUCAUUUCCUGUAUUACUCUGAACGAGAAGCUCUCGGACACUUACACGUCCUUCGUCAGUGAGAACCAGCACCUCUUUGUCCUGCAUCAGUUUGCAGAGUGCACGUACAUAGCAGUGAACGGCGAUGGCUCAGAGAACGAGGAUGAUCUGAGACGCAAGAUAUUUGUGCUGAAGAAAAUUAUUGACCUGCAUUUUGGCCUGGUGACUCUGGAUGCCAGCCUCCUGAAGAAAGAGCUGCGGCCACAGGACACAGAGCAAAGACACCUGGUGUGGAAGAUGUUGCAGAGCAUGCUGGUGACAUACAGCCGCCUGACGCAGGAGGACCAGAGUUUCCUGGUGGAGGUGAUAUAA